AUGUUUCCUUAUUUUUAUAUUUUGCUUUCUUAUGUUCUUUCUUUUUCAUUUUUAUGUCUUACUUCUCUCGCAUCAUACAUUUGUUUCUUUUCUUUUUUCUUCAUUCCUGUUUUUUUUUUCCCCAUUUUUCUUCCUGCUUUUUUUUUUCGUUUUUCUUCAAUCCGACUGUUUUGUUUCCAUUUGGAAUUUUCUUCCUUUCUGUAUUUUUUCGUAUUUUUUUUGUUUUUUUUUUUCAUUGCUGCUUUUAUUUAUUUUUUUUUUGUUUUUCUCCAGUCCAGCUUUACUUUUUUCGUUUUUCCUCAUUCCUGCUUUUUUGCGUGUUUUCUUUCAGUUUUCUUCAUUCCUGCUUCUUUGUUUUUUUUUUUUUUGGUUUUUUCUCAUUCCUGUUUUUUUUUUCUUCGUUUUUCCUCAUUCCUGAUAUUUUCUUCGUUUUUGUUCAUUCCUGCUGGGUUUUUUUUUAUUUUUCUUCAAUUCCUCAUUCUUCUUUUUUUCAUUCUUUUUUCUUUACGAUUAUUUCUUCUUGCUUUCAUUUUUCUCUCUUUUUCUUCCGUUCUUUCUUUCUUUCAUUCAUUCAUUCUUCCUUUCUCUCUUUCAACAUUUUUUUCCUUUUUUUAUUUUCUUCUCUCACGUUCUUUUCCUUUAUUUCUUUCUGUUUUCGCUUUUAUUUCUUGCUUUCUUCUAAUCAAGUAUCUCACUUUCGUUCUUUUAUUCUUAUUUUCUAAAUUUCUUUUCUCUUUCCCCUUUUCUUUUUUUUUUCUUUUUUUUUCUUUAUUUAGUCUGAUAACUUAUCUCAUUUCUUUUCUAGAUUUUCAACUCUUUCUAUCUUUUUCUUUCUUUCUUCUAAAAAAGGUAUCUCAUCUGUAUUUCCUUUUCUUUCCACUUUCAUGUUCUUUCUUUCUUUCUCCUUAUGAAUUUCUUGCUGUCUUUCUUUCUUUCUUUCUUUCUUUCUUUCUUUCUUUCUUUCUUUCUUUCACAAACUUCUUCUGCAACUUAAUAUCCGGCCCUAUUUCUCCUAAUCGUGACCUUCUAUAUUCAUUGUUUUUGUCUUCUUUCGCUCUUUCUUUCUUUCUUUUUUUCUUUCCAUUUUGUUUACUUAUUUUUCUUUCUUUUGCCUCUUAUGCUUUUUCUACAUAUAUUUCCAUAAUUUUUAUUUAUUUCCACUUUCUUUCUUUCUAUUUUCUUUCUUUUUCCUAUUUUCUUUCUUUCUAUUUUCUUUCUUUCUUUCCAUUCAACUUAUUUACACCACCUGAAUUUGUCUAUUUCAUUCCCUUCUUUCUUUCUUUCUUUCUUUCUUUCUUUCUUUCUUUCUUUCUUUCUUUCUUUCUUUCUUUCUUUCUUUCUUGCCGUUUUCCUGGCUUAUUUUUUUCUUUUCUAAUGUCGCCUCAGCAUUUUUUAAGUUUAUUUUCUUUCUUUCUUUUUUUUCUUUCUUUCUUUCUUUCUCGCCGUUUUGCUGGCUUACUUUUCUUUUCUAAUGUCACCUCCCCAUUUUCUUUCUUUCUUUCUUUCUUUCUUUCUUUCUUUCUCGCCGUUUUGUUGGCUUAUUUUUCUUUUCUAAUGUCGCCUCUAAUUUUUUUACUUUAUUUUCUUUCUUUCUUUAUUUCUUUCCUUCUUUCCUUCUUUCUUUCUUUCUUUCUCGCCUUUUUCCUGGCUUAUUUUUUUCUUUUCUAA